ACAUCUUUUCACAAAUUAUCAUGGUUGAAGGAGGUCGUCCAAUUCGCCAGUUAACCUAGCGUUGAGUCACAUGGACCGGCGACCAACGGUAGCAGAGCUUCUUGCGACUAUUGAAAACCAGCAAGAACAAUUAUCUCGUUUUGAAACCAGAUUUAGAGAUGUCGUGAAGGCGUACAAGGGUCUUUUGAAGGAGAAGGAGGCUCUAGAGGCCAGUCUACAUGCGUUGUCUACUAGGCCUUCGUCGCAAACGAGCAAACUCGAUGCAUCUGAGGAAGAACAUGAAACGGAGCAGUUUGAGGAAGAUGAUGAGAGUGAGACAGAAUGUGAGAGCGAGCGUUCAAAGGAAGGUAGUAGUGAUGCUUUGGCAACGCUGACUGCUGCUCUUUCUACUAUGACUGAAGAGAAAAAUAGAAUGGAAGCCAGCUUUCAGGCAGACAAGAGAAAGUUGAAGGCAGAGUAUGAGGCUGCAGUUUUGCAAGCAACCACAGAAAAGAAGACUGUUGAAAUAUCUUUCAAACAAGCUACAUCAGAAGUUGAAACAUUAAAAUUUCACUUGAGACAACAGCAGCAAGAAAGAGAAGCAGAACAGACAGAUCAUGCUGCUAUGUUAAGGGAACUUCAACAAGUUGUUGCCAAAGAGAGACAAGUGAAGGAUGACUUGGAGGGUCAGGUUCAAGACCUUCAUGUAACACUAAAGAAAGCUAAAGAAGUGCCUAUCAAGCACGAGGUGUAUGAAAAGCGAAUCAAGACUCUUUCAGAUGAACUGCAUGAGACAAGGAAACGGUUGAGAGCAGCUGAAGUAUCAGUUGCCAGGCCGUCUCCACUGAUGUUACAAUUUCAGAAAGAAAUGGCUGAUAUGAAGGCGCAACAUGCUCAGUGUCUCUUAAUAGAGCAACAAAGAGCCAUAGAUGCAGAGCAGAGAUCUAAGGCUACAAGAGGGAUGGAUGAAUCACGGGUUGCUGUACUAGAAGAUAGAUUGUCUGAGUUGUCAACUGUUAUUGGAUCCUAUGAGAGAACAAGAGCUGAUGACGAAGCAACGAUACUCCAGCUGAAGGACCGAGUUGCUCAUUUGACUGCUGAAAACAAUAACUUGAUGCAACAAAGUAAAGAAGUCACAACAUCACAUGAUGCUCAACUACAAGAAUUGCACGAUGAGAUAGCUCAGUUGAAGAAACGUCUAGCAGCGACAAAUGUAGCAACUGCUCACAAGGUUCAGAACCAUGUCUUAGAAGAUGUACAGAAGGGAUCGAACACUGAGUUUGAGCUGGAGAAGCUGAGACAGGAGUUUGAUCGCUACAAACAGACAGUAGAAGCAACAAUGCAACCAAGAGUUGCAGAUGACUCAGAGAGAUUGGGACUGCAAGAUCUCAGUCGACAAAAGGAUAGCUUGAGUCAAGACUUAGCUGAAGCAAGAUCUGUUUUACAGAAGAAAGAGUCAGCAUACAGGAAGGAAAUUCAAGAGCUGAUUGAAGAGAGGCAUCAACUUCAGGAAAAAUAUAAAGAGUCAAUUUCUGCAGCAGAAAUGCAUUACCAGGAAAGACUUGCAGAGUUGCAACUUAGUGUUCAGAAUACUCGUGAGCGAACAAAGGCUUUGCUAUCUGACAAAGAAGCUGAGCUGAUUGAAAUGCGGUCAAGAUUGCUGAGACGUAGUACUUCAUACAUUGAGGAUAUUGAGCCUGAAUUGAUGAGUCCGAAUGAUCAGUCACCCAUGAAGGUUAUGAGCUACUCAGAAUUACUGAAAGAAAAAAUAAAAUUAGGACCAGGAGCAGCACAAAGACAGGGUGAUACUGAUGCAGCUGUAAGACAACUGCUGUCUUUACCAGCAGUGGGCAGUAAGGCCGAUGCUGCACUUCUUCACUAUGCUGAGCAGCAAUCAAAGCGAGAAUCUGAGAUAAAAACAAUGAGGCAAGAACGGUUGGAGUUGGAGCAAUCACUUCGAGAAGCAAGAGAGCGGGAAGAGCGUCAUGCUGAUCAACUUGUUUUGUUAAAAGAAGAAAUUCGGAAGCUUGAAAGGGACAGAUCAAGAGAAACAGCUAACCUUGAAUAUUUGAAGAACAUUGUUUUUCGUUUUAUGAAGUCUGAUAGCAGAAGCCCUGGAUUCCGUCAAAUGACUUCUGCCAUAAUGACCAUUCUCAAAUUCUCACCUAAAGAAGUUGAGGAGGUAAACAAAUUCCAUUCGUCAUGGUGGUAUUCAGCAAGCUGAGAAGCAAGAAAUUUGUAUUUUCGUUUUGUAAGAAGGUUCUACAGAUCUUGGAAUUUAAAUGAUUGAAUGUAAAUUAGUGUGUAUGAAUAUUAAUAUAUUAAAAAGUUCCUCUUCUAAUCUGCC